UGGGGUGCCAUUGCCUUCUCCCUAGGUCCAUUCACAUUGCUGCAAAUGGCAAGAUUUAUUCUUUUAUAUGGCAGAAUAUUACAUUGUAUGUAUGUAAGCCACAUACAUAGCUCAGUUGGUUAAGAAUCUGCCUGCAAUGCAGGAGACCCUUGGCUGAUUCCAAGAUACCUUUGUAGACAGGCAGGAUACUUGGUUGUCAUUCACUGACCUGCUUGUUCCCUUCCAGAAGCCUCUAGAGCAGUGUUUGGUAAGAUGAGAGCAGAAGGAGGAGCCACAGAUGCCUGCAGCAGAUAUGUUUGCUGAAACUUCAGGCUUAGUAGGCUAAUUCAGCACCUGUGCAAAGACAGGAUGUUCUUACUCUUUGGGAACCUUGAUCACUCCUUUCAGAAACAAUCGGCUGAUGUCUUGGCUCACUGUCUGCCUGAAGGAAUGUCCACAAUGGCAUGUGACUGGGUGCCCUGAGACAAGAAUGACCUUGCCAUGUCUCUCUGUUGAUUUGUUUUUAUACCUCCCUAUUUUUGCCUGAUCAGGUGGUAGCUUGGGCUGCAGUCAGGAGGCUCUGCAGGCACAGAAGGCUGGCAGGUCUUGGAGCUGGGUUCAUCCUAGGUUGAUACUUUCUACACAGGUUUCCUUGGGACUAUGGCAACCCAAGAGACCACUCCAGGUAGCCAGACAGAGGAGAGCAAUGCUUUGGACCUGCCAUCAGCUUACGACAUAAGGGAUUAUGUGUUGCAGAGACCCAGCCAGGAGACCAACAGUGAGGCUUUUAGUUCUGAGGAAGCUUGUUCUAUUCCUUGCUCUUCUGAUGUGGAUCCAGGUGGUUUCUUGGCUGUUCCUCCUUUGAGAAAGUUCACAUCUGCUCUCUGGAAGUCAAGAAAAGUCAUGGAAGCUGAAAUCUUGCCUACAAGAAACGGGGGGACAGUAUACUGCGGUCCAACGAGAGGCAACCAUCUGUUUGUUUAACAGCCUGCAUCUAAUAGUUUAUGCUGUAUGGAAAUAACUGGGGCUCAGGUUUAUCUCCCACAGAAGGACUUCAUUCUAACAUCACUGAGGGAUGCUUACAUGGAAAGCUGGUUAUUUUGUUGUAAACAUUCCAGAGCUGCCUAUUGUGAGAAGAUUUUCUACAAAGUAAACUUAGGUUGUCACUGGUAGUCUGGCUGUUACCAGGCCAUGAACAUGGGGUGGAGAGCCCCAGCCCCUGGGGGAGCCGCUGCUUCAGGUGCCCAGCCCGAUGGGGUCUGCUCUGACCUGAGCUGUGCAUUUGCUAUUGCUUCUGGGGGAUCUCCCCAGGCAGUGCAGAGGGAGGGCGUUUCCUGCCUUCGCUGCAUGUUCUUGCUGGUUGUGGUUCCACAGCCCUCUGGAGACUCCGGUCCAUGUGUUGGCCCAGUACCUCUGGACCCACAGUUUGUCAGAAUCUUGGCCCGUCUGCAUGCCGCUAUCUGUGAGCGUCCUUAUGGUGGUCAUCCUGUCACACCUCCUCAGCACAUCCACUUCCCAAGCUGACUUCAUUCUUGGUUUGCAUUUUGUUUCUGUGUGUUGUUAGGAAACUGUUCUUCCAGGGACUGGUGAACUGGCAAAGGUUUCCAGUUAUAGUCGCCAGGGUCACCUGCAUCGGGCGCACCCACCCUGCGACUCACUCCCUGUCCUUGUGAGCUGUGCUUGUCUGGCUCUUGCUUGGCUGCUUCUGUAAAGACCCUGUGUCCCUGCGCAGCUGCCUUUGCUGGGGCCUGUUCUGGAGGAGGCCCUGCUCUCCCUCCUCCCACCUCACCUCACACAAGACUCUUCCUCAUUCCUGGGCCGUGACUUGUACCCCCACUGCUCCUGCUGGAGCGAACCAGAAGGGAUAGUCCUCUGCCCUUAUCUCUUUACGUCCAGCUGCCAUCUCACUGCUUAUGCCCUGGGGCAGGAGGCUGGUGGCAAAGGACGGAGAUUUCCAAGAAGUAUUAGUCAGGAAAAUUAGUAUUAGAGUAUUAGUCAGUUCCAUCUGGGUAUCUAAGGCAGGUGAGGCCAGGCUCUGUCUAAAUAAACAGAGAUUAUCUAUCAUGAAGUGACCAAUGAGCCACUUCCCAUGAAGUGCCGGGAGCAAACAGCAACUUGUCACCUCCACCAGGCACAGGAUUACAAAACGCCCUCCCUCUGCACUUCCUGGGGCGAUCACGCAGAAGACCCACAUGUCAAGAAGGUCCUCCUGAAAUACUGCUUCCUUCAUGCUCUCUAUUUAAGUCCCCUUGAGAUGUCCUGGUCCACUUUCCUGCCAGCUCCUCUCAAGGCUUCUGUACCUCCUUUUCAGGACUAUGUAAUCUGAUGUCUGCAAUCUUUGUUCAAAAUAUUUA